AUGUGGAAGAUCCAGCUUCCAGGAACGGACGGCCGAUGGGAUGAAUGUGGUGCGGAGCGUUCCGUGACGUCGAUUGCGGAGGGGAAAGUUAAGAGACGGCGGAGCUUCGAAGGCGGACAAAACAUCACUUUAGCCGCCUCUCCGCACCGGAAACUUCUCAGGCAUCUGGCCUUAUCUGUCCACUCGUUUUACUCAUUUUACUCGUCAUGUCCCAAAUAUGACAGAGGGCUCUCUCUCGACCCUGAAGUCAUUUCAUCCUGCGUCACUGGCACCAUGAGCCUUGAUCCCAGUGCCUUUCCGAGGUCGGACUCCCCCGCAAGCUCCGAAAGCUCCCUAACACGAUCUCUGAAAAGAGAUAAGACCUACCGCCGCUAUGCUUCGAGCGUGGAACGCGCCUUGUCGCUCUUCGACAAUGCGUUGCAGGAAUGGGCCGAUUACAUUUCCUUCCUUAGCCGUCUGCUGAAGGCCCUCCAAAAUCACCCACCGGAUCAAAAUAUAGUGCCACAUAAAGUUCUGGUAUCAAAGCGACUCGCUCAAUGUCUCAACCCCUCAUUGCCGUCAGGAGUUCAUCAAAAGGCGCUAGAAGUCUACACAUACAUAUUCGGGUUGAUCAAGCUCGAGGGACUCUCGCACGACCUCCCAUUGUACCUACCCGGUCUUGCCCCGACGUUAACUUUCGCAUCGCUCACCGUUCGUCCGCUUUUCUUAUCUCUGGUGGAGGGUUAUAUUCUCGAUCUUGAACCAUGGGCUUUGAGGCCAGCUUUGAAAUCAAUCUUGCUCGCAUUGCUGCCUGGGCUUGAAGAAGAGACGAGCGAAGAAUUCGGGCCUACGAUGAGAAUUAUCAACAAACUGCGGGACGUUUCGGGACGACUUGAAACCCAGAAAGCAUCAGAGGUUGAAGACGGUCCAUCAGGCCAGUACUUUUGGCAGUGUCUCUUUCUGGCCUCGAUCACGAAUAGCAGCCGGCGGCUCGGGGUGCUUGCAUAUCUAAAUCGCUACUUCCCAAAACUAGGCAUCACCGAUCGCCGACACAGCACAAGAAGCGACAGCGAAGCGAAGGAAGCUUUGGAUCAGAUUUCAGUGGCCGCUGAAUCUGUUAUCCGGCCAGAGCCUGGCUUGCUGAUUCGCUGUUUUGCAACGGGUCUGCAAGAUGAGCAGCUUCUGGUGCAGCGAAAUUUUCUUGACCUCUUAGUCACCCACUUGCCUUUGAAUUCUCCGAUCUUGCAAUCUCACAUCAUCGAUCCCGAUCGUGAGCUCUUAAUCAUUGCCGCAGUAGGUGUGGUGACACGGCGAGACAUGAGCUUGAACCGUCGUCUUUGGGCGUGGCUUUUAGGGCCAGAGCCAACGCACGAAGGGCACUCUGAUGAGCACAAGUCAUCAGCCGACGCUUCACGGCCGGCUGAUAACGACUCGAACGAGCUGUCACAAUCUCAGUACUUCAGUCAAGUUGGUUUGCAACCACUGAUCAAUGGUCUCCUCAAGAUGAUUGAAACCGCACCGACAAUACCCUCGGAACGGACCAAGCCGUUUCGAAUUGCACUGUCCUUGAUGGAUCGUUGGGAGAUAGGCGGUCAAAUUGUUCCAGCUGUGUUCUUCCCGAUCAUGAAUAGUGUUCAGUCAUACGAGAAGGAGGCGCCCAAAGCCCAUUUCGAAGAGGUUUUCCGCAGUGCCAGUGCUUUCUUCGAUGGUGUCGAAAGCAGUGUCAUAUUUGCGGAACUUUUAGGUUUGAUAGACUUUACCGUAUCGGAAGUCGACAGCGGCAAUGGCCAAUCCUUGCACAAGCUGGAACUGGCAAGCUUUGUUCUCGAUAACUUCAAUGUCCAUGAAGAUGAGAUGGUCCAGAUCCACGCACCUUUGCUAACAGUAUCAAUGCUCGCCAAAAUGCGUGAACUCUCACACCCACCAGCGCCCACCUCAGAGAUCAGGGUUGCAAGACAUGCUGUUUUUCAAUCAUCGCAUACAGUGCUCAAGCUGCUAAUUGCAUUACUCAAUGAGCGCGCCUUCUCGAGGAAGACUGCAUCAGAAAAGUCUGUCUCCAUGGAUGCGAAAAUUGAAGCAAAUGAAAUUCUUCCCAAAAUCCACCAAUUCUACGAAAACAGCAAGAGCAGUCUUGAACUUCCACCUCUCCCAGUCGGUCCGAAGCACCUUGGCGAAAUGAUCAUCAAGGAGGCCUACGAGCUGUCCAUCGAAGCGCUUGAAAGUCAAAGUCCAGACGCUGCUUUGAAUGAGAAAUCAAGUAUUCUUGUCAAGCUACUCCAAAAGCUCCCAAGAUCACGCAUUCUUCGGGACAGACGAUUCAUUGACGCCAUUUCGAUCAGAUUGACGAGGGCGACCGCUAGCAUGACCUCAGCGUCUUUUGAAAUCCUAACAACGAUUGCCUCUGUGGUUACUAGUCUCUUCUUCACUCAGAGUCCAGGACUCUACGUCAGCUCUUCAGAUGUGUCGGCCCUCAUACCUCUUCUGACUGAAAGAAUCUGGACCUAUCUUUCCCCAAUGUGCCCAAAAUUCCACGUCGAGGCUGUGCGCUGUCUGUGGUUGCUUCACUCAAUAUCAUGGGUGGACCAUCUGGUUGAGGCUUCGAUCACUUCACUCAUGAUCCGCGAUUCUUCAAAUGGCUUCGCGCACCUCUCUUCAGAUAAGCAAGCUGAACGGUUCUAUGUUCUGUGGAAUCACAGUCAUCACGGUGGACAUGACCAGCCUCCUAAGCAAGUUCUAGAAGUCGGAGGAACGGCAUUCUCCUACCAAUGUUCCUUGCUUGAACGUCCACUCUUCAUUGUGCUGGAUUUGUUGUCCCAAGAACCGGGCGAUAUCCCCCAGAACGUGCAACAGUGGCUUCAAGAGCUUCCCUCCAUUCACAAAGUCUUCUACAUUCUUGUCUCCAAACUUGAUGAGCUUUUCGAGCGAGGUGUUCCUGGUUUAAAACAAGACCAGGCCAUUUCGCCGGACGACUUAAGAGAGUGCACUUACUUGCUGCGAACCGCCUCAAAUAUCAUUUCGACUCUCGCACAACAUGGGUGGAUGACACUACUCACAUCAACAUUGAGUCAGCCCGAGAAAAAGCCAGAUGCGAUUGGCCGUGGUAGUAGUAUAGACUCACAGAGCCUGCACGCUUCACUGUUUUGGUUUUGUUUGCAAAUCAUUCGGGCUCAGUCGGCGGCCACGGCGGAGACCCACUCUGACAGCGAUAAACUCCAGAGUUCUGCCUUGCAGCUUCUGCGACAACUUCUUCUGGGGCCUGGUGCUGCGGAUUUAGUUGAAUCUGGCAUCGAUAGCAUAUUGGUUGAUCGACUUCUCGUCGCUUCAGAUGACAACAGCAGUAGCCUGGUCCAAGGAGCGCUAAUUGACGCGCUUCUCGCCUCCCUCAAAGUACGCUUCGCCCAUGUCUAUCUGCCGCCUCACCCUCCCCGGCCCAAGCAACAGCGACCACCUUCGCGGUCCCGCGAACGGUUGACCAGUCCAUCAAUACUAUCAUUCACCACUGAGAAGGCAGAAAAAUCACCUUCAACGCCUCAAUUUCCGCAGCCGCCUGAGCACUUGCUGGACUGCUUGCUCAAAGGCAUUGCUUCCACUAAAUCACGAGAGAUUUUGGAUAAGUGGAUAGGCCUCCUUUGCGAAGUGCUUCCACUCUUCUCGCACUCCAUUUUUCAGGUUCUGCUGACGCUUGUAGGGUGCCUUUGCAAGGAGAUCAAAGCCUACUUUGGCAAGCUCCAGCAAGCGUUUGAGCAGACAGAAGACUGGUCCAUGGAUAGAUCUGAGCAUGUGACCAUCACCCUUCUUACCGGCCUGGAGACCUCCAUUGCGCACGCGCACGAACGUCUUGUUAGGGAAGAGUCGCAUACUCCUGUUGCAAAAAGCCCCGACCUCCCGCAAGGCUUUUUUGGGAAUAUGGUAUCUGGUGUCUUCAACUCAGAUAGCAGCCAAGGCAGGCCCAACACUGCGAACGACCGUCUGACGGUCUUACUUUGUUUGCAAGACGCAGUUCGCCUUUGCUUCUCAAUUUGGGCGUGGGGGGCUAGUGAUGGGGCUGGGUUUGCGCUUGACUCGGAAUCGCUUGCUUCGUUCCAAUACACAUCACUGCGCAUGCGAAAUAGGACUCGCCGGAUUCUCGAGCAUUUCUUUGAUGCCGAGGCCUUGGAAUGCUUGGAAACUUUGGUAGAGAUGUGGGCUAAGUCUGACAUCAAGACUGCAUCACUGAUCUUCAGUCUUCUUCACACACUGGAUGGAUCCAGUCCCAAAAUCACGAUCCCAGCUGUUUUCAAUGCAAUCUACACGCGCACAAAUCCUGCCGCGUUGGAUCAACAUCGCAAGUCGUCACUCACGUCCAGUGUUUCUGAAUCUGAGCUUGCUAGUUUCCUGGUCGCAUAUGCCCGUUCACUGGACGAUGACGUUCUCGACGAAAUCUGGACUGACUGUACGACCUUCCUGCGCGACGUGCUCAGUAAUCCCUUCCCGCAUCGUCAGAUUCUCCCCCGGCUUAUCGAGUUCGCGGCAAUCUUGGGGACGAAAUUGGAAAAUACCACAUUUGGCGAAGAUCGGCGAAUGCGGAAAGAGCUCGGAGAUGUGGUGCUGCGGCUGUUGACAGCUGUGUUUACCAGCAAGCCCCUUGGACUGAAUCAAGAACCGGGUCUUAUGGCCAGGCCAUCCUUCGACCAUGACCGUAGCGCUGUGUCGCAUACUGGCCCAGACGACAUGCUCAGUAUUCUGGCAGUAUCGAUGCCCUCGUUCUUGACGACCUUGGGGGAUUCGGAUCGUAUCAAUACAGCCAUCAGUGCUGUUUCCACCAACCUAGUCGGGCCCUUGAUCCGAUCUCGCCUAUUCCCAAACAAUCUCAACCGCAAUGUCAUGGUCAUAUUGCAACAGAUGGUCAAGGUGCCGGCUGCAGCCAAGCUGUGGAAGAAGGACAUCGCCGAUGCCUUUAAUGACUCGCGGUUCUUCGGCAUCCACAAGGACCUGGUUCAGAGCAAUUGGCUGGAACUUCUCCGGCAAUGGACGCUUUCCGAUAGGGACCGUUUGUCCGAGAUUCUCACUCGUCUUCCCCCACCCAGUGCAGCGGGCAUCAUGUUUGGGGUUGGCGCGUCUGCUGCGCGACUCGAGGCAGACCGGAAGGCACAACUCAAUCUUCGUCGAAUCGCUCUCUUAAUUCUUUCGGCGGAUCGCGACUACUUUGUUGCCGAGCUGCCGGGAUUACUUCAGAAGAUUGAGGAUCUUCUCGCUGCGACUAAUGUUUCUUCUCCCUCAUCGGCUACUUGCUCGGAAAUCUUCAUGGUUCUCCGCGCUGUAGCGUUGAAGACAUCGGCCAACGCGAUCGCUCCAUUCUGGCCGAUGAUCAACAUGGAACUACAAGAGGCGAUGGCCACGGUUCCUCGAGCCUCGCAAGCUGAGCUCUUCAAUCCGUACUCGUUGCUGCAAGCUUGCAAGCUUCUUGAUGUUUUAUUGACCAUCGCUCCUGAUGACUUCCAGCUCCUCGAAUGGCUCUUUGUCACUGACACGAUCGACGCGGUGUAUCCUCCCAACCGGUGGGAACCGGUGGCUCUGGCUGACGAAGUCUCACAAAGUUUCGGACCUCGUGGUGUCUUUUCGCCGACUCUUCCCGGAGACUCUUCCGAACCGGACGCACGCCCGGGCUUCAAACGACCUUGGCUCAUUUCCGACCAGAUCCGAGAAACCGCCAAGGACGAGAUUGUGGAGCGCAUUUUGCGCCCCUUCUUCAAUCGAUUGAGCAUCUACGUGUUUGAGAGUACCUAUGGGAUGGGGAACGUGGAUCUCGAAGUGUGCCAGCAUGACCUCCUGGCCGAUCUGUUCAACGAGAGUACUAUGGCCAGUUAG